AUGACGGACCCGAAUGAAGUCAAGGUUGAAGCCCUUCUAACCAUCAUCAACUCCUCCGCGCGCGAAGCAAUGGCGGAAUACAAGAACACUGGACAUGGAGUCCCUGGCGUCGACGCAGGAACCCUCCACCCCCUCGACUUCGCGACAGAUACACUUGCCCUCAGAAAGGCAAUCAGGCUGCUCGAAGGUGCAUGCGAACAAUUGAACACAAUACUGGCUCCCCCCCAACACACAGCAUACAACUUUGUUAAUAAUUACAGCUGGGCGUGCAUAGAAGUUGCCACGCAAUCAUGUAUUGCAGACAUCUUGGACAAACACCCAGAAGGUCUUAGUGUGGAUGCAUUGGCUGACGCAGUCAACCUCGACAGGACCAAGAUCGCACGCGUCCUGCGCCUUUGGUGUCAUGCAGUCAAGCGAGACGUAUUCGCAAAUACACGACUCUCCCUCGUGCUCAAGUCAACAAACGAUGUUGUAUUUUGUAUACGAGAUCAGCGAGACAGUCCCAAAUAUGCUGCGGUUCUCUAUGAAACCAUGAUCGACCAAGAGUUUGCAAGAUCGAGCGAAGUUGAAAAGACCCCUCGAGCAUUUGCUCUCAGGAAGGAAGGCAAAAACAACAAUUUCUGGGAAAUGGACGAUGAAGCACGCGAAACAUUUCACAAAUGCAUGAUAGGCCAUUCUAUGAUCUAUGGCUCGUAUGCGGCGCUCCAUUAUUACCCUUGGGACAAUGUGUCGUCCGUGGUGGAUGUUGGCUCUGGAACCGGAACAAUGUCUAUUCCUCUGGCGAAAAUGUUCCCUCAUCUUAGAAUGACCAAUCAGGAUCUCCCAGAAACUAUGAAGCUGUCGAGAAAUACGUGGGAGAAGAAGGCUCCUGAGGCGCUACUCGACGGGCGCAUAGAGUUCGUGCCAUUGAAUUUCUUGGAGGAGUCACCUGUUGCUGGAAAGGAUGUUUACUAUUUAAGGAGCAUCAUUCACAACUGGCCGGACGAUGAAGCAAGUGUGAUUCUCCUCAAUAUUCGCAAAGUAAUGGGACCAAACAGCCGAGUGUUGAUUCAUGACUGUGUGCUCUUGCGCAAGUUCGAAGAGCCAGGUGUAGGGGUUAAUGGGUCUACUACUAAGGCGCCCGAACCUACAUUAUUGAACUUCGGUAGUAACACACCUCACCAACAUGACAUGACGAUGUGGCUUCUUUUCAAUGGCAAGGAGCGAACCUUGAACGAAUUCAAGAACAUUGGGCAAGUUCCUUCCAUAUCCAGAUACGUUAACGAUUUUUGA